UUAGUCGCCGACGACGUCUAAAAGGCGGAUGGAGCCAUGAAGCUUGCGCUUUUUUCCUCCCGCCCGCUCCACAUUCUGAGACCCCUCUACUUCCCUUCCGGCUGUCAAAACCCUCGUCUUUUGCUUUCCUUUUGUUUGCUUACAAAAAUAAGAACUUUUUUCCCGUCGCGUCCUCCUCCCCUUUCCGCUUCCCCCAAACCGUUGGCUUUUUCCUUCCCUCUGCUCCCUUCUCUUCAAUUCUCCGGCUUGUCGUGCUCCAGGGUCUAUCGAUCGAACGGAUAUCUCAAGUAGAGGGAAAGGGGGCCAUGACGAGCUCUCAAGAGAGGGUGGUCGCCGUGAUCUUGGUCGGCGGACCCACAAAAGGUACUCGGUUCCGGCCGCUGUCGCUGAACGUUCCGAAGCCGCUCUUCCCCUUGGCCGGCCAGCCUAUGAUUCACCAUCCCAUAUCCGUCUGUAAAAGAAUUCCAAAUCUGGCUCAGAUUUAUCUGAUUGGCUUCUAUGAGGAGCGGGAGUUUGCUCUCUAUGUGUCGUCUAUUUCUAAUGAGCUUAGAAUUCCUGUUCGAUAUUUGAAGGAGGACAAGCCACAUGGCUCGGCUGGUGGUCUGUACAACUUCAGGGACUAUGUUAUGGAAGAUAAUCCAUCUCAUAUAUUUUUGCUGAAUUGUGAUGUUUGCUGCAGCUUUCCUCUGCCAGAAAUGCUUGAAGCCCAUAAAAGAUAUGGUGGCAUGGGCACUGUUUUAGUAAUCAAGGUGUCUGCUGAAUCAGCGAACCAGUUUGGUGAGUUGGUCGCUGAUCCCAUCACAAAUGAAGUGUUGCACUACACGGAGAAACCAGAGACAUUUGUAAGUGAUCUCAUAAACUGUGGUGUCUAUGUAUUUACACAAGAUAUCUUUACUGCCAUCCAGGAUGCCAUCAUGCGGCGGAAUGACAGAGCUAAUUGGCACCGUGAAACCAGCUUGGAAGCUCUUCAAUCAGCAACUAACAGGGCCCUUCUUCCUGCAGAUUUUGUUCGACUGGAUCAAGAUAUCUUGUCUCCCCUUUCUGGGAAGAAAAUGCUCUAUACAUAUGAGACUAUUGACUUCUGGGAACAGAUCAAGACUCCAGGGAUGUCUUUGAAAUGUUCUGCAUUGUAUCUCUCCCAAUUUCGGCAUACCUCUCCACAUCUUCUAGCAGGUGGUGGUGACACCAGGUGUGCAACUAUUGUUGGUGAUGUUUAUAUUCAUCCAUCAGCCAAAGUGCACUUAACUGCAAAGAUUGGCCCAAAUGUCUCGAUUUCUGCAAAUGCUCGUAUAGGGGCUGGUGUAAGGCUCAUCAGUUGCCUCAUUCUAGAUGAUGUUGAAAUUAAGGAAAAUGCAGUUGUCAUAAAUUCUAUUGUCGGCUGGAAGUCAUCUAUUGGGAGAUGGGCACGUGUACAGGGUGACGGGGAUUACAAUGCAAAACUUGGGAUUACUAUCCUUGGAGAAGCUGUGGCAGUUGAAGAUGAGGUGGUGGUGGUUAACAGCAUCGUCCUACCAAACAAAACCCUAAACAUUAGUGUACAAGAAGAGAUCAUCCUGUAAUGAGUUGCUUCUUAUAGGAAAGAAAUCUUUCUAUUGGAUGCAGUCCGAUUUUGAAUCCUGUGAUAGUUUAUAAUUUUGUUCUUAUUUGAGUUAGCUUAGAAUUGCGAUGUUGUUUAAACAGGUUCGCAUUUCGGAAUCUGGUAAAGCUAUAUAAAAGUUUUGUUCUAAUGUUCGAAGAAUUUUGA